AUGGGAUUUUUCGAGAAGAAAGAUGCUUUGGAUGUAGAGUCAGCAGCACAUAAGCUUGAUUCUGAUAGCAACCUCGAAUCCUCCAUUAAAGAGAAGUCUCUUUCUUGGCAACAAGCAAGUUUUUUACUUUUGCUUGAAUACAUCGUCAUCGCAUUGCUAGCGCUGCCUUCCUCAUGGGCUAGUCUUGGCUAUGGUGGUGGUACCAUUGCAACCAUCAUCCUUGGUCUCACUGCCGGAUAUACUCAACACGUCUUAUGGCGCUUCUGCCUCAAGUUUCCAGAAGUACGCGAUAUUCUUGACGUGGCUGUUAUUCUCGUUGGUGGUGGUAAAUGGGGUAAAGUGGCGUGGACGUGCGCAUUUAUCGGAUUAGUACUGAAUAACGUUGCUAUUAUGGGAUUGCAUAUUGUCCAAUUCAGCCUUAGUAUCAACACUCUCUCCGACGGUGCGAGAUGCACGCAGGUGUUCGCCGUUUGUGGCACCCUCCUCAUGCUGCUCAUUUCCCUCUUCAGAGAAUUGAAGCACAUGUCUCUUCUCGGGGCUGUAGCUUCCGGAAGUAUGCUCGGCUGCAUUAUACUCGCAAUGAUCUUCUCAGGCGUGCAGGAUCUCCCCCCCAACCACUCAGGCGGGCCAAUCAUCGUCGAGCCGUGGGCCCGAGAGGGAGUCGGUCUUGUAGACGGCAACAACGCUGUUCUCAACAUCCUCUACACCUACGUUGGUCACAUUCUCAUACCGACCUUCGUGGCUGAUAUGAAAAAUCCAAAAGACUUUGGUAAAGCCAUCUACGUCUCUAUCACUGCAGAAAUUGUCCUCUUCUCACUUGCGGGUGGUAUCAUAUACUCGCAGGUCGGUGCGGCGGACAUGACAAGUCCUGCAUACGGAUCACUCCAACCUGCCUUUCAAAAGACCAUUGCGGCAUUUGUGUUACCAACCGUAACCAUUGUCGGCGGUGUAUAUUGCCUCGUCACUGCGAAGACUGUCUUUUCGAGAGUAUUCGCUUUCAACUCGGUACACAGACGGAGUCAUACCGUGAAAGGAUGGUCUGCAUGGAUAGUCAUCAUUAUUCUGCUGUGGAUAUUAGCUUACAUCAUCGGACAAGCAAUUCCAUUCUUCAACGAUCUCAUUUCGCUAAUUAGCUCGCUGUUUGACAGCUGGUUCGGUUUUGUCUUCUGGGGCAUUGGAUAUUUCUUUAUCUACCGCCGCAAGUCCUUCAGCGGUUGGGGCAUCGUGGAGGCGCCACUCAAUAUUAUCAUCACUAUCGUCGGAUUUGUCCUAUUGGGCUUGGGCACUUAUACUUCCGUAGAAUCCAUUAUAGAGAGCUAUGACACCGGCAGCAUUAAAUCACCUUUCUCAUGCGUCGAUAAUGGCUUUUAA